AUGCUGACCUCGACGCUGUCGCGCUGCCGCUUGGGCCUCCGCUCGCUCCCGCGCUCGUUCUGCGCCCAUGCGGCUCCGGCUGCGCCGGUCGCCGCCGACCCCAGCCAGACGAUCCUCACGAACGCGCUGCGCCACGUCCAAGCCUCGGGCUGGACCAUUGAGACGCUCGGCCAGGGCGCGCGGGACGCGGGCUUUCCGUCCAUCGCGCAUGGUAUGUUCCCGCGCGGUCCUAUCGAGCUCGUCGAGUUCUUCAUGGACGACUGGCAGCGCCAGGUGCAGGACGCGCUGGCCGCCGAGCCCGUCGACGGCGAGUUUGUGCCGACGGACCGCCUCAAGCGCGGUGUCCAGAUCCGGCUCCAGCUCCUUUCGCCGUACUUGCACGUGUGGCCGCAGGCCAUGGCGCUCGGCGCGCUGCCGCAGAACGCGCCGACAACCAUGAAGAAGCUCGCGCAGGCCUCGGACGACAUUUGGUUCUUCGCCGGCGACCGCUCCACGGACCUCUCGUGGUACACGAAGCGCGCGGUCUUGACUGGCAUCUACACGGCCACGGAGCUCUUCAUGCUCACGGACACGUCGCCCAACCACGAAGACACUUGGUGCUUUCUCGAUCGCCGCGUUGAAGAAGCCAUCGCGCUCGGCGAAGUGCCCCAGAACGCGGGCGACAUUGCUGGUAUGGUGAGCAUUGGUCUGCAGUCGCUUCUGUCGACGGCGGCCGCGCUCGCGGGUCCGCUCUCGUCGCAGGUGGUCGCGCAGGUGGCGCAUACCGUCCCGAACCCGCUCUCGUCGAUCCCGACCAUGACGACGCCGCGCUCGCCGACCGAGCCCAAGCCGUAGACAGUCCCUUCUUUG